GAGACUUACGUGAAUGGAAAGCGGGUUAUCCUUCCCGUACAGCUGCGUUCCGGGAACCGAAUCAUUAUGGGUAAGAACCACGUUUUCCGUUUCAACCACCCCGAGCAGGCCAGGGCAGAGAGGGAGAAGACGCCAUCGGCAGAGACACCCUCGGAGCCUGUGGAUUGGACGUUUGCCCAGCGUGAGCUCUUGGAGAAGCAAGGCAUUGAUAUGAAACAGGAGAUGGAGAAAAGGCUUCAGGAAAUGGAAAUUUUGUACAAAAAGGAGAAGGAAGAAGCGGAUCUCCUCCUGGAGCAGCAGAGACUGGACGCGGACUCGGACAGCGGGGACGACUCCGAGAAACGGUCAUGCGAAGAGAGCUGGCGGCUGAUCACAUCCUUACGGGAGAAGCUUCCUCCCAGCAAAGUGCAAAGCAUCGUUAAAAAGUGUGGCCUACCCAGUAGCGGAAAGAAACGGGAGCCAAAUAAAAUGUAUCAUAUCCCACAGAGGCGGAGACUGAGCAAAGAUUCUAAGUGGGUAACCAUUUCUGACCUUAAAAUCCAAGCCGUGAAGGAAAUCUGUUAUGAAGUUGCACUUAAUGACUUUCAACAUAGUCGACAAGAGAUUGAAGCACUGGCCAUAGUCAAAAUGAAGGAACUCUGCUCCAUGUAUGGAAAAAAGGAUCCAAAUGAACGUGAUUCUUGGAGGGCAGUGGCUCGGGAUGUCUGGGACACAGUUGGAGUGGGAGAUGAGAAGAUUGAGGAUGUAGUGCCUGUUGGAAAGGGUGCCUCGGAUGUUGAUGACCUGAAGGUUCAUGUUGACAAACUGGAAGACAUUUUGCAAGAAGUGAAGAACCAGAAUAACAUGAAGGAUGAGGAGAUAAAAGCACUACGAAACAAAAUGUUAAAAAUGGAGAAAGUUUUGCCCCUCAUGGGUCCACAAGGUGAACGUAGACAGAGAGGUUCUAGUGCUGAGCGUGAUAAAGGAACAGAAAGUGAUAUAUGUAAAACUUUU